AUGGCAAGCGAUGUUGAUCGUAUCUCUAGGCUUCGUCCGCUCCGAUUAGGCAGACCCAACGACGGAGGGGACUUGGUUAUUAGUCAACCCGUUUCUGCCUAUGACACAGGCAGCCCGACCGGUAGCGACUCACAUACAGUCUUCAGCAAUACCGUGGCCACACCGCCGAUUAUGGAUGCAGAUGCCGAGCCAUUUACUGAUGCCGAUGAGUCUCUCCAGCAGACAGUGAGGGCCAUGCACCCCAGGAUACUUAGCAAUGUGGGUGUUCUUGACGCUAGCCUACCAAGCCCGCGUCUUUCGCCCACACUGUCCGCGGUUCACCCGCCAUCAAACUCACAGGAUGACGAUCAUGAUGAACUCGAAGAUGUGGCAUUCUCACAGCAGUUGAUUCGCCAUGAUUUGCCAUGGCCACAUGAGUCGCAGGCCACCGAAGAUGCUGAUACAACUCAGCUGACGGCAGCAGAAGACGCAUACACGCAGCAGAGCCCAGUCUCCCGAGUGGCUCAAGCAAAGCCAAGUUUCCUCGAGACUCGAUCCAUGCUGGAGAAAUUUGACACUAUGCCGAACGAGAUGAAGACGUUCAUGAUGUACCAGUUUCUACGAAGAUACACACCUCACCGGGUUAGAAAUUCAAAACGAAAACGGGCAAUUGCCUCCUUGCCUAGCGCUGAGCGAUCAAAACGCCGAGCUAGUGCGCAGGAGGCUGCAAGAGACGAGAAGUUCCACCCUUGGCCACAGUUACACAAGUCCGAAGGACCAAUAUCGGCUGCAAGUGCUGCUGCGGCUGCUGUUCCGGAUCCACAAAUCGGCAUUCCGAGUUUAAGGAAACUUCACCUUUUCAAGUCACUCUAUCGCCGCCAUCACAUGAUCCGGCAAAACUGGACCAGUGGGAAAGUCAAACCCGGCCAUGUUGCCUUUACUGCACAUCCCAGACAUGUUAUCACGUGCUUGCAAUUUGACGAUGACAAGAUUAUCACGGGUAGUGAUGACACGCUCAUCAACGUAUACGAUACCAAAACUGGAAAGCUGCUCAAAAAGCUAGAGGGACACGAAGGAGGCGUCUGGGCUCUUCAGUAUGAGGGCAAUAUUCUCGUAUCUGGCAGUACCGAUCGCUCUGUUCGUGUCUGGGAUAUCGAGAAGGGACUCUGUACUCAGGUUUUUUAUGGACAUACGUCAACAGUCCGCUGCCUUCAGAUCUUGAUGCCAAGCGACACCGGCAGGAUUGAAGACGGUAACCCUGUUUUGAUGCCCCCAAAACCCUUGAUUAUCACAGGAUCUCGCGACAAUCAACUUCGCGUCUGGAGAUUGCCCGAACCAGGAUCAAGACGAUAUAUACAGACUGGCCCUCCUGCAAAUGACUCAGAAUGUCCUUAUUUUAUCCGAAUUCUUGCGGGACACACCAGCUCUGUUCGGUCUAUUGCGGCUCAUGGCGACAUUCUUGUUUCAGGCAGCUAUGAUAGCACUGUCCGAGUGUGGAGGAUAAGCACGGGAGAAGCCCUUCAUGUCCUACAUGGGCAUAGCCAGCGGGUAUACAGCGUCGUUCUUGACGUCAAGCGUAACCGCUGCAUUUCAGGCUCCAUGGAUUCAUAUGUCAAGAUAUGGGAUCUAGACACUGGCUCCUGUUUACAUACGCUAGAAGGGCAUUCCCUCUUGGUAGGCCUUCUGGACCUGCGCGACGAGAAACUUGUUUCGGCGGCUGCAGAUAGUACUUUGCGAGUAUGGGACCCUGAGUCGGGUAGAUGCAAAAGCACACUUACAGCACACACGGGCGCCAUUACUUGCUUUCAGCAUGACUGUCGCAAGGUCAUUUCUGGCAGUGAGAAAACUGUCAAAAUGUGGGAUAUUCAAACCGGCGAAUGCAUCCAAGAUCUAUUGACAGACCUCGGUGGUGUUUGGCAGGUCAAAUUUGACGAAAGACGCUGUGUGGCAGCUGUUCAACGUGAUAAUCUCACAUAUGUCGAGAUUCUCGACUUUGGUGCUGUGCGCGAUGGAAAGCCUCCUGAAGAGUUGGGAAAGCGUAUACUUUUGAACGCACGAGAUGUUCAGUCCCUUAUCGAUGAAGAGAUAUGA